AUGGCGUGUAUCCAGGCUGUCGCGUCCUUGCCAUCAAGAGUCACAUUGAAUCUUCCCGCUGCUUCCAGUGGCCAGCGUAGCGUCGUCGUCUGGCCAGUCAGAAGCCAACGCCUGGUUGCCGUCUGCGCGGCUCGUUCCCCCAAGUCCACCGAUGCCGCUCCCGCGCGUCGCCCCGCCUCCGCGCCGUUCCGCCUGCUCUCCGCGCCGGUGGCGGCGCUCCCGCUGGUGCUGGCGUUCGUGGAGGCGGAGCUGCCCAACGCCAUGGACACCUUCACGGCGCUCUCCGACUUCCACAUCACCGAGCCCGCCUUCAAGGCCUUCUACAUGAUCUUCACGUGCGUCUUCUGCUGGGGCGCGCUCGUCUUCGGCUCCAUGAACGACGAGUACUACGAGAGUGACGAGUACCGCAAUGCGGGCGGCAACGGCACCCAGUUCUGGAUCUACCAACGGGUGAGUCGCCGGGCCGGGCCGGCUACAGCUGCUCACACACUUACUCUCGCUUUCACCAACCCUUUUCUUGAUUGCGAGACUGUUCUAUCACACACCCCUUCCCUCCCUGCUGCCCGCCCUCCUCCUGCUGCCCUCCCCUCCCGUGCUGCCCUUCCCCCUUUCCCUCCUCUCCCCUGUUGCCCUACCCUCAUCUGCUGCCCUUUCUCCCUUUGA